AUGUUUAUAGACUCAUACAAAGUUUCCGACAUUAAUGAGGUUUUCAAUCGAAAAAAAUUGAGAAACUUUGAUGCUAGCAGUUUACCACCUUGUGAAAAUGAGCUACUACAGCAUUUUUUACGAGCUAAUUAUAUUUGUACGAUUUGGAACAAUGCUCACUUAAGAAAACCUACUUCACAUAAACCUGAAAAUAAUGGCUGGGUACUGGAAAAUGAUCAAUACCAUUUUAAAUGGUUUGAAGGAGAUCAGCUACCUACUUAUGUCAGGGAUUCUCUACAAACUUUGUCAGAAGCUGAUGAAGACGAUGACAUUCAUGAGGACAAAUCCGCAGAAUGGAGUAGCGGUGAUGAAGAUAAUCGAGAUACCGACGAGGACGAUGAAGUUGAUUAAAUAUUUUUUUUGAUUUAAUAAUAAUGUUUGACACAUUAUAUUUUUACUUUGUAUUGUAAUGGCUAUAAUUAUAAAUAUAAUUGAAAUCUUUUUCGA